AUGUUUACAAUAAAAGAUUUAUUUAAUGCCAGAGUACAUUAUGGACAUAAAAUAAGUUCACUUAAUGAUAAUAUGAAACAAUAUUUGUUUGGAUCACGUUUAGGACAUCUCAUAUUCGAUUUGGAUAUCACAUCUCAGCAUUUACAAAAAGCAUUAAAUUUUACAGCUCAUGUCGCUUAUCAAAAUGGAAUUAUAUUAUUUAUAUCUAAAAAUCCUAGAUUUACAUUAGUCGUUGAAAAAACAGCUGUCGCAUGUCAAGAAUAUGCAGUGACGAGAGAAUGGAAUGCUUUUACCUUUACAGGAAGUUAUAGAGUUUUUGAAAAUUAUAUAAGAUUGCCAGAUUUGUGUAUUUUUUUAAACACAUUACAAGAAAAUUGCGAACAACAUCCGGCAGUUAAAGAUGCUGCUAAAAUGUGUAUCCCAACAAUAGCCAUAACAGAUACAAAUUGUGAUCCUAAUUUAAUUACUUUUCCAGUACCUGGAAAUGAUGAUUCAAUAGAAUCAAUAAAUCUUUAUUGUAAAUUAUUUAAAAAUGCAAUAUUAGCUGGGAAAAAUGCAAGGAAAAAAAAAUUGAGUAAUAAUAAAAAUAAAGGAAUCCCCAUUACUGAUAAGAAAUGCAGUAGGUUUGAUAAACUAUUAGACGAACGAGAUUUUAUUUAUUGUGUAUCUAUAAGAUGGAUAUCGAUUUGA